CAAUAUUCAUCCAAGCAUGGUCAACCUCGAAAGCAAGUUGAUAAGACAUUACUAGCUGCUGUCUUAUCAAACUUUAGAGUUGCUAAAAAUGUAGUUGACUAUAAUUUGUCAGAUGAUAAGAUUUCAAAUUUGCAUAAUGUACAAUCUGAUAGUAAAUAA